CAGCAGAGGAGAGGGUGAUGUCACCUGCGAGUUGGUAACCUACGAGCGGCUGUGAAGGAAACUGUUUAACCGGAUCCCAUUGUACCCGGGGCGCAGAGCCGCCUUUCCAGCAUGCAGGGGCUGCUCAGAAGGACCAACUUCACUGCUCCCUGAAUGUUCUGCAAGGCUGUGAUCUCUAAUCUGUGGGCCAUCUUCAUCUAUUUCUCAAGCACCAAAUGCUGCAUCUGGCCUGUGGAUUGAGGAGGCUCAGCUAUGACAGCGGAAGUGUAGUCACUCAAGAAAUAGAACAGAAUUCAGCCAUGGCCCCAAGGAAGAGAGGUGGACGGGGGAUUUCAUUCAUCUUUUGCUGUUUCCGGAAUAAUGAUCACCCGGAAAUCACGUAUCGGCUGCGAAAUGAUAGCAACUUUGCCCUUCAGACCAUGGAGCCAGCAUUACCCAUGCCCCCUGUGGAGGAGCUGGACGUCAUGUUCAGUGAACUGGUGGAUGAACUUGAUCUCACAGACAAACACAGGGAAGCCAUGUUUGCACUUCCAGCUGAGAAGAAGUGGCAGAUAUACUGUAGCAAGAAAAAGGACCAGGAAGAAAACAAGGGUGCAACAAGUUGGCCUGAAUUCUACAUUGAUCAGCUGAACUCCAUGGCCGCUAGAAAAUCUCUGCUGGCGUUAGAGAAAGAAGAAGAGGAAGAGAGAAGUAAAACUAUAGAGAGUUUGAAGACAGCACUAAGGACAAAACCAAUGAGGUUUGUAACCAGAUUCAUCGACUUGGAUGGCCUGUCAUGUAUUCUCAACUUUCUAAAGACCAUGGACUACGAGACCUCAGAGUCUCGCAUACAUACCUCUCUCAUUGGAUGUAUCAAAGCGCUAAUGAACAACUCUCAAGGUCGGGCUCAUGUCCUGGCGCAUUCUGAGAGUAUUAAUGUCAUUGCUCAGAGUCUGAGCACAGAGAACAUUAAAACGAAGGUGGCUGUGCUGGAAAUCUUGGGCGCCGUGUGCCUGGUUCCCGGGGGCCACAAGAAGGUUCUGCAGGCCAUGCUUCACUAUCAGAAGUAUGCCAGUGAAAGGACCCGCUUCCAGACAUUAAUUAACGACUUGGAUAAAAGCACGGGGCGGUAUCGAGAUGAAGUGAGUCUGAAGACCGCCAUCAUGUCCUUCAUCAACGCAGUGCUCAGUCAAGGCGCGGGAGUGGAAAGUUUGGAUUUUAGACUUCAUCUUCGCUAUGAAUUUCUGAUGUUAGGAAUUCAACCUGUAAUAGAUAAAUUGAGGGAACAUGAAAAUUCAACAUUAGACAGGCAUUUAGAUUUUUUUGAAAUGCUCCGAAACGAAGAUGAACUAGAAUUUGCCAAAAGAUUCGAGCUGGUUCACAUAGACACAAAAAGUGCGACUCAGAUGUUUGAGCUGACCAGGAAGAGGCUGACUCAUAGUGAAGCUUACCCUCACUUCAUGUCCAUCCUGCACCACUGCCUCCAGAUGCCUUACAAGAGAAGUGGCAACACUGUUCAGUACUGGCUGCUGCUGGAUAGAAUCAUACAGCAGAUAGUUAUCCAAAAUGACAAAGGACAGGACCCUGACUCCACACCUUUGGAAAACUUUAAUAUUAAGAAUGUUGUACGGAUGCUGGUUAAUGAAAAUGAAGUUAAGCAGUGGAAAGAACAAGCAGAAAAAAUGAGAAAAGAGCACAAUGAGCUACAACAGAAAUUGGAAAAGAAAGAGAGAGAAUGUGACGCCAAGACCCAAGAGAAGGAGGAGAUGAUGCAGACCUUAAACAAAAUGAAAGAGAAGCUUGAAAAGGAGACCACUGAGCAUAAGCAAGUCAAGCAGCAGGUGGCGGAUCUCACGGCCCAGCUCCACGAGCUCAGCAGGAGGGCCGUCUGUGCUUCAGUUCCAGGGGGGCCCUCACCUGGGGCCCCAGGGGGACCCUUUCCUUCCUCUGUGCCAGGAUCUCUCCUUCCUCCCCCGCCACCCCCACCUCUACCAGGGGGAGUGCUUCCUCCUCCACCCCCACCCCUCCCUCCUGGCGGUCCUCCUCCUCCCCCCGGACCCCCUCCCCUAGGGGGAGUCAUGCCACCUCCCGGGGCUCCACUGGGUCUGACACUGAAGAAGAAAAACAUUCCUCAACCCACCAAUGCCCUGAAGUCCUUCAACUGGUCUAAGCUGCCCGAGAACAAACUGGAAGGAACUGUAUGGACUGAAAUCGAUGAUACAAAAGUCUUCAAAAUUCUAGAUCUCGAAGACCUGGAGCGAACUUUCUCUGCCUACCAAAGACAGCAGAAAGAAGCAGACGCCAUCGAUGACACACUGAGUUCCAAACUGAAAGUCAAGGAGCUGUCGGUGAUUGACGGUCGGAGGGCUCAGAACUGCAACAUCCUUCUCUCGAGAUUGAAGUUAUCCAAUGAUGAAAUCAAACGGGCAAUUCUAACAAUGGACGAGCAGGAGGAUCUGCCGAAGGACAUGUUGGAGCAGCUCUUGAAAUUUGUCCCUGAAAAAAGUGACAUUGACCUUCUGGAGGAGCAUAAGCAUGAACUGGAUCGGAUGGCCAAGGCUGACAGGUUCCUUUUUGAGAUGAGCCGAAUUAAUCAUUAUCAGCAAAGAUUGCAGUCGCUGUAUUUCAAAAAGAAGUUUGCAGAGCGGGUGGCAGAAGUUAAACCCAAAGUGGAAGCGAUUCGUUCUGGCUCAGAAGAGGUGUUUAGGAGCAGUGCCCUGAAGCAGUUGCUAGAAGUUGUUUUGGCAUUUGGAAAUUACAUGAAUAAAGGCCAACGAGGCAAUGCAUAUGGAUUCAAGAUAUCCAGCCUAAACAAGAUUGCUGACACAAAAUCCAGUAUUGACAAGAACAUUACGCUUUUGCACUAUCUCAUAACUAUUGUGGAAAAUAAAUACCCAAAGGUUCUCAAUAUAAAUGAAGAACUGCGGGACAUUCCUCAAGCAGCAAAAGUAAACAUGACUGAGCUGGACAAAGAAAUAAGCACCCUGAGAAGUGGCCUGAAGGCAGUAGAGACGGAGCUGGAAUAUCAGAAGUCUCAGCCCCCACAGCCUGGAGAUAAGUUUGUGUCUGUCGUCAGCCAGUUCAUCACGGUAGCCAGCUUCAGCUUCUCUGAUGUUGAAGAUCUUCUGGCAGAAGCCAAAGACCUGUUUACUAAAGCAGUGAAACACUUUGGGGAAGAAGCUGGCAAAAUACAGCCAGAUGAGUUCUUCGGCAUUUUUGAUCAGUUUCUUCAGGCUGUGUCCGACGCCAAACAAGAGAACGAAAAUAUGAGGAGGAGGAAGGAGGAGGAAGAGCGCCGAGCUCGCAUGGAAGCACAGCUCAAAGAACAGCGUGAAAGGGAACGUAAAACGAGGAAAGCUAAAGAGAACAGCGAGGAAGGCGGAGAGUUCGAUGACCUCGUUUCAGCUUUACGCUCAGGAGAAGUGUUUGACAAAGACCUUUCUAAGCUGAAACGGAAUCGCAAGCGCAUUACCAACCAGGUGACGGACAGCAGCCGAGAGAGACCAGUUACAAAACUUAAUUUCUGAUUUUCCUUGAAUACUUUUUUAGAAAACUCAUUAGCAGCCCGUUGAAGUGACUAGACCUUUUCAUUACACUGCCUUGCAAAUUCGAACAGUGGCAAUUUCUUCUCUCAUCUGUGAGUGAAUGUGUGAAUGUGUGUAUGUAAAUGUAUGUGUAUAUGUAUAUUCAAAAAUGUAUAUAGAAGUCGGGUGUUGUCUGGAGACCUAUCUGUUUGGUUUUUAAAAGCCCGUGUUGAUGUUUGUGCUCAGAAAGCCUUUCUGUAUGCGUUCCUGUUGAGUGUGGCUCAUUUUCUUCCCCGGAACACCACGACUGUUCAGAAGCACAAUACGAUCUCCUGGAAGGGAUGACAGACAUUCCCUAGAGUACAAAGAAAAACAAAAGAGAAAAAAGAAAGCUUGAGAAAUAUUUUAUGGUUUCUGAGCUUGUUAUACUUUGAAAUUAUUUUCAUCGGUGAAACUGGGGUUGGAAAAAUAGAGAUUUAAAAUGGUUUUUGAGAGCCGACCGUGUGAUGCUGGUGCAUCGCGCCAGGAACUGACCAGACCAGCUUAGAAUCCCCGACCUUGGUGCGGGGCGCAGUCUGGAGACACUCGUGGAGGACAUCGUGCACUCAAUCUGAAUUAUGUAGAAUGUCAAUCAGAAAUUUCUUAUAUAUUUAAAACUUGGACAUCAGUUUUCUUUUCUAAUAUCAUCGAGUUCUCUGCCAGGCAUCUUGAUGAUUUGUUUGCAUUGCUUUCGAAAAGAACACAAUCUAAAUGUUCUCUAUACCCUCAUGAAGCAAUGAGAUUGCCAGAAUGUGCUUGUUGUUCUAACAACACAGAUAUAUCAACUUUAAAAAUAAAAUUCCCCACCCAAGACCUAAAAGGAGGACUUCUCUGAAGGGAUCAAAGUUAUUUUUAAAAACUUUUAUGGGGUGCCUUCCUUUUUUUUUGGUGUUAUCUAUUUUCUGUUUUUUAGGACAAGCUGCAUCUUCUGUAAAUAGGUCUGGCCUCAAUGCACAGAAUAUCAACACCACCAACAGAUGCCCAGGCCUGUUUAUCUCUGAAUAUGUCUGAAGUGCUUUCCUGUUAUAUGUUGUCAUUUUAAAUUGUGUGUCAGUAAAGCUACCUGUAAAACUUCAGUCCAAAAGAUAAAGCUCUCAGGGAGAAAUGAAUAAAAACAAUGAACAUUAGAAAAUAAAAUAUAGAUGCUUACCAUUAACCUACCAACUCUUAAUAUCCUUAAAUUAUAUGAUAUAUAAAAAGGACUGUUACCUUUUUUGUUUUUUGGCUUUGCUUUAUUUAUUUGUAGUCGGGGAGGGGGACUAAGGUUCUCUCUUUUCUUUCCAACAAUCCUGUUAGUGGUUGGGUUUCCUGUGGAAAGAGUAGUUUGUCCUGUUGCACUAGAACCUUAUUUACUCACUAAAUUGAGGUUUCCAGUCAAUUAACAAAUAUUUAUUAAACGCCUACUAUGUGGCAGGCAUAGUAGGGCUACAAUGGUAAGCAAGACAGAGCCCCUGCCCCCAAGGAGUUCACAUUCCAAUGGGGAUAUUAGGGGUGAAUAGAAUACCAAUGUGUGCGCUGUACAUGAAUCGUGCUAUUUAAAAAUAAUUUGUAUAAACUGUAAUGCUUAGCACAGAUGGCAAGGUCUCUGUGCUACGUGAAAGCUGUGAAAUAGUGCUCUAAGGUGUCCGGAGCUGUACUUUUACAUUUUCCCCCUCAUCGCAAACUUAGUGACUUUCUACAUAUUAUAUGAAAGUCAAUGGCUCUAGCAAAUGAAACAGUCGUAAGUACCCAGCAGAAGUUGCGCUCCCCCAGCCCGUGGAUACCAAGGUCUGCAAGUUAAAGGCACAGACGGAGACUUUGCUCAGAGAAGCCUUGGAGAGGAGGAGCGGGAUAUGCUGAUGGAGUUGUCUAUUCCUUAACUAAAGUGCCUCUAUGUAUAUUCUUUUCUCUUUAUAGCAGGAGAAAUUUGGUCUGGCUCAAUUUUGGAACUGUACCUUGAAACUGGCUUUGGUUUACAGUGUAAGGAGUAGACAGCAGAGGGAGAGUCAUGUAGAGGAACAAGCUUGUGUGUUACGCCCCUGUGCCCUUCCUGAUCGUCCUCAUUUCGAUGCGGCCAUCCUGGUAGCCUCCUUCGCCAUUUCCAUGUUUGGUUUCUUUCCCCAAAAGCUAUGGGCAGGUAAUUCCAUGUGCCAUUGUUGGGAAAAAAAAUCUACUUUUUUAGAUUGGUGCUGGUGUAAGUAGCCACUUUUCUCUCUUGGGUGUGUAUUUUUAAAGUUUUGUUUGUUUGUUUGUUUGUUUUAAAUUAAUGCCAAAAAGUAAAAACAUUAUAAUUUGCAAACUUAAUUAUAUGUCUUGUAUCUUAUUAGCUUUAGUAGUUUGAACCACUUAGUCUUUAGGUGCAAGACUGUUGUUAUAGUACCAAGAAAAAAUGUUGUAUGUGUUAUGAAACUGUACAUUUUUUUAAAUAGCAAUAUGCAAUAAAGAGAUGAAUUCAUUGGG